UAAAAUUACAACAGUAACUUAUCUACAUACUCACCAUGAAUAAGAAACACAUUCAAAACUUUCCUUCCCCAUUAUUGAGUAGAAUAUUUUCAUACGUAGAUGAGAAAGACUUGUGCAAUAACGUUCCGUUUGUGUGUGAGAAGUGGAAAUUGGCUUCUUCUCACUCGCUGCAUGUGAAGAAUGCCUACUUUGAAGGAGAAUCUGUGUCCGCUAAAGAUAUAUGUUUUGUGCUUUCCAACUCUCCCUCGUUAGAUUCAGUUACCUUGGUUUCCUGUCACAACUCUGUUCCAAUAUUAAGGCAAAUUAGCAGGUGCAACAGAAACAUUGAAAAACUUAUUUUAAAAGAAUGUUCAUCAAAUGGUGAUAUAAUUCCUGAAGACGUUCUCAUCAACAUUCUGUGGUCGCUACCGCAGUUGAACACCAUAGAAUUGUUCAACACUAAGUUCAGGUCACACCUGCUUUUUGAACUGCUAGCAACACUUCCGAACAUUACCAGCAUAGAUCUGAGCCUCAAUGAGUUUAUAACCAUGGAAGACCUGAUGAGGUUGGUCCACAACAGUCAUAUAACAGAGUUCAAACUCUCAAGGAGAUGUGAGAGGCCCAAGAUAACAGAUGAGGAGUUUGUUCACCUCAUAAGAAUGAUGAGUCCACGACUUGUCCUUCUGCAUUUAGAUAUGGGAGGAGUAGGGGGCAAGGUUUACAAUGAAAUCCUCAGCUGCAUCAAACUGGUUGAUCUUAAACUCAACAAUGCAUUGAAUCUAAGUAAAUCGGUUUUGAAUCAAAUUCCUCACCAGUUGAGGAAGUUAAAGCAUUUAAGUAUUGAAGGUCCAACUCAUGGCCUGAACAAAGAUGAUUUUCAUGUUUCUCUUUUCAUAAACAAUGAAUUUGGAAUGAAAAUCGAGAGUUUAAGGCUUGAAAAAUGUGAUUCCUUAAGUAACAAUGAGUGUUGCGACGUGGUCCAAUCUUGUCCGAACUUGGUGGUUUUUAGUUUACAAGGAUGUAAGGGUGUGAGUCUUCAGGGUAUUGCAGAAACGUUAACAAAGGCUAAAAAGUUAAAACAUUUAAAUAUUGCUUUCUUAGGCAAUGUGUCAAAUGUGAAUAUUCAGGACUUUGGUGAGUUAAAAGAAUUGGUUAUUGAUGAAGCAUCACUUAAGAAAAUCAAUAUUUUGGGCCAAAAUGAGGAGCUGAAUAUCGUUAAAGUGUGAUUGUUCAUCUUUUUACUUUUUGC